UUCUUACUAAGAUUUCAAAGAUUGAUAACAUUCUUAAGUUUCACAAGAUUAUUCAGAAAAUUCAGAAAAAGAAUUUUUUGAUUAUUGCUUAUUAGGAAUAUGUUGGUGAUUUUCUUUUCUUUUUCUAAUUAUAGGUUAUUCAGGGAACAAACUAUUCCAAAUAGAGAAAAUGCAUGUAAGUUCAUUAUGAUCAAUAUAAUGGUAAACAAACAAAGAGAAAGCUUUUUUCCAAACGUUAGUUUACCAUUCUUUAGAACCAACAUCUUAGUAAGUAUUUUCUGCAAUGAAUUGAGAAAUUAAUUUUUUUUUUAGUUAUUCUUAUAAAUUGAAUGCUUUAAUUUCCCUGAUAUAACUGUUUAGCAAUCUCAUAUAUUUAGGACCUUUAUAAUCAGUGUACUUUUCGAAAAUAUAAUUCUGGAUUUAUAUUAGAGUCCUUAUAUUAAGCACUUUUUUUAAUAACUUGCCGGCACAAUCUUCUAAGAAAUAAUUUAUUAUUGAGUUUUGAAAAUGCUUAUUUAAGAAAUAUCUGUCUUUCUUUAAACUAUCUAGAAUAAAUAAUACUUCAUUUUAUAUUUGGUUUUUAUAGUAAUUCAUUUUUUGCUUGCUAUAUUCUUUAAUAGGGUUUAUGACAAUAUUUUUUUUUUAUUUAGU